CUAUUACUACCUUACCUACUACUACCUUACAACACUACUAGAAGGAGGGAAGAAAGGAGUCAUGUCUCGUCUGGUCGUAUUCGUCCCGUCGCGAAGGACGCCAAUGUUACGGGGAUUUCAACGGCAACGGCAACGCCAACGGUUCUUUUCGACGUUUGAGGUUGGUUACCUUUAACAGACAUUUAUAGUAGCUUCUCUCGAAGCGGUAUAUAUCCCGACCUUUGAACAGCUCCACGAUAGACCAGUGUGGUUGCUCGAUUCCAUGUUGGCUGCAGCAGAGUGAGUGCAUCUGAGUACGUAGGGGUACAUCUACAACGUUGUCGGCCAGAACCUCCAGUCACUGAGCUUACACCUGGGCAGUUUUCGAAACAUUCUCAACAGUCACAUAUCCUCUGCUGAACAUGACUCGCCGACAGGGCCACUUGUAGUACCACGUCUUCGAAUUCGACUUCGACUCCUUCCUGUUGGCGCCACUCAGAGGCAGGCUGAAUUGGAAGUCAUUAUCCUGCAGGUCGACGUCGGCCUGGAUAAUCGAACGGGUAACAUCGUCCUGUGGUCAACCCAUGCAUCCAUGUUCCUCCAUGAGUGUUUUCACAUCGUGAUCUGCUUUGUCAUCGAAGCUGCACAACGUGAAGAUGACAUGGUGCUCCCGCGGCCGCACUUCCACUUGCUUACCCCGCGGCGCCAGCAUCGGUCGCAAGCUCCUGCGACUGGAGCCCAAUCCAUAUUCCAGGUUACUCUGGCAUCGGCGCUGAAGAAGAUUAUCUUUCCGGCCAGCAGUAAUCGCCGGGGGUUCCGUCUUUGUGCGAGUCUCAGCCUGAUGAAUGUUAGUCUUCUGGAUCCUGCAGUUUGUCUUAUUUUCGAGAACGUGAGAUCCACGAGUGUCCGAUGACAGGCUCUCCUGCUAACAGGGCUUUGACAACCUUGAUCGUGGAUGGCAUCAACUCGUCUCUGACCACAUAUACACAUAGUUGGUCCGCUUGCCCGAUGCAGCUUUGACAACCGUAAUCUUGUACUUGGUCAUCAGCUUUGAUCGGCUGGCGUGAGGCUGCAGCUGAGUAAAGCUUUCGGUGUCCUAUCUGCCAAUACGCUGGAAGCUGGCGUAGCCGGGCGGCCAGCCAUCUUCUUGACAGGUGUCUCCACUACGCAAAGCCUUCCUUGGCGUCUGAGUCGGUGACACAACCAUGAUUCCAUCGUCUCCAUCAUCAUCAUCAUCAUCAUCAUCCUCUGCGCUUCGUAACCAGGUACGGGUGCUACAGCAAUCUCAUCCUCAUCUUCAUCGCUAACUUUGCCGGCUUGGGAUCGCCUCUCGAGUCUGUGCAGCAUGGAAGAUUAAGUGGAGCCGUCAUCAGACGGCAAGUGAUAUUGGUCUGGUCGAACUGUAGACUUCAAGGUUGCGUUUGAGCGAUGGCGAUGUUUUCGAUUUGUAUGUUCUUGCCGAGACUGGGUCGUGAUCGGUACCUUCCUUCUUGCUGUCUCCUGAAUUCAGCUCUGUCGCGGGGAAUUGCGGAUGGUGAGGUGUCAGCAAUGGCCUCGGGUGCUGGCAUUUCGCGGCGAACUACCAGUGCUGAGGAAUCGCGCGCUGUCUGUGUAGACACUGUGGCCCCCACUCGUCAGUAGACUUUUCGGAGGUAAUUGAGGAUUGGUACGGAUGUUCGCAGCGCUGGGCGAGCCGCCUGUGCUGGUGGUAAGCCCAAUUGGAAUAUCUCGGUGGCGCCUCGAUGGAUGUGUUGGCGAUGAAGGUCUCAGCAAUUGAACCGUAGGUACAUGUACAUAAGGUACACCGCGGUGUGAGUGUACGUCGGUGCGCCAUCAUUGUACAGGCCGGACUCACGUUGGCAACCUGGAAGGAAGGCGCGACCCAGGCGCGGAACAUGUGCGUGCUUCAAGCGUCCAGGUCGGGCAAGAGCAGCCCGCCAAGUGAUAAGUACCUUCCACAUGAUGGACGAUGGCAGCGUGUUGCGUGGUCUGGACUGUGUAGGUAGGUAGACUGUCUCGAUAGGCAUUGCAACCAUUGAAUGUGUGAGACGAGAUAUGCAGCAUCGAUGUCAGCCACGUGACGGCAGCUCAACAGCUUCAUAUUGUUCUUUCCCUGAGACACGUGCGGCAUGUCGCUCCUGCACACCUCGAAAUGAAGACCCAAGUCAAACAUGGCCAUAUCCACCAUAUCGAUGCUUGCGCCGGCUCAGGGCCCAGACGUAUAUUGCAGCGAGUGCAAGUGCGUGCGUGCCUGUGCCUGUGUCUGUAUCGUCGAAAGUGAUUUGGUCGUUCGGGAAGGCGCUUUCAUACCUCCCCCAAUGGCCCACCUUCCACCUCACCUCUUCAGUUCGCCCUCAACAAUACCAAUACCACUCUGCAUUCGAGCGGGCCAUCUCGUAUUGUGCGGCCUUCGCGUCCCCGUGUGAAUUGAUAUCGCUCAUCAUCGAACAAUCGGCCGGGGCAGCAGUUCGCGCGGGACACCAAGGCAUUGUCUCAGCUCCAAUUGUUCGAGAAGGUACAAGAUCACCUCUGUUCCAGCCGACUGGCCUUCUUGUUUCUCGCUCUUUCAUGUGCACUGAACGCCUGGUCUAAGCUGCUCACCAACAACAGAACACCACCACUUCCAUCACAACCACACCCUUCCCCUUCCCCCGACCGGCGAGUACGACUUCUUUAUCUGGUCCUUUCGCUGCCACCAAGUCCUUUGCAGCCAGCAAACUGCAUGUUCUCUGUGCAUCUCCGUCAGCACUGAACAAAGCCCCAGCAAACUCUCACCAUGGGCCUGCCGCUCGAAGGCCUCACAUACAAUGCCAGCUACGACCCCUACCACCAGAUGCUGAUCAUCACCAUGCCGGAUGGCAUCACAAAGAGCACCGUGGACAUUUCAAACAUCUUCAAGCUUCAGGCAACUUCGGUCAACACCGGCAUCAUCUAUGGCGUCCAGCUGGGCAUCUCCGUCGUCCUGAUGCUCAUUCUUGCCCUCAUGACCCGACCCGAAAAGCGACGCAGCAUCAUUUUCUUCCUCAACCUCGCUUCCUUGGUCUUGCUGCUCGUCCGCGCCGUCAUCAUGUGUGUGGCGCUCCAUGGUCCCUUCUACAACUUCUACAACUGGGUGAACAGCUACUAUUACGACAUCGAUCAGUCCAUUCGACUGUCCGUGGCCGCAGAAGUUAUCAACUUCCUGGUCAUCGCUGGUCUGGAGUUUUCGCUGUUCUUUCAAGUUCGCAUCGUGUGUGUGACCUUGAGAACACGAUGGCGACUUCUGGUCACGGCAGUCACGACCGUCAUGGCAAUGGCCGUCUGCUCGAUUCGCUUCGUCACCAUGGUCGUCAACGCAGACCUGGGCAUCGUCAACGUCGCCGCUAAGACCGACGAGCAGUGGGCGCUGAUCACCUCGUUGGCUUCCGCUUCGAACAUCUGCGUCAUGGCCAGCAUCUUCUUCUUCAGUGCCAUCUUCAACACCAAGCUGGGAUACGCCAUCUACCAGCGCCGUUCCAUGGGCAUGAAGCAGUUCGGACCGAUGCAGAUAAUCUUUGUCAUGGGUUGUCAGACAAUGUUCAUUCCAGGCAAGUGCAUCUAGUACACGUGUUCGUCUUGAGUGGUGCUGACCUGUGUGGCAGCUAUUUUCGGCAUUCUGACGUACUUUGUGUACGGCGCAGCACAAGUCAACUCUUUGAUGCCGUGCGUCGUAGCCACCUUUCUUCCCCUCUCGAGCAUGUGGGCCGCGACCAACACCAACAGCAACAACAUCGCUGCGCCACAUCAGGUCCAACGCAACCGCGAACUGGCCUUGGGACCGAGAACGCCAGGCAAUACGGGUGGUAGCGGUCGGCCGCAGAGUGAGAAAGAGCUCGUCGGUGACGAUACGUUGAUUGGCGAGGACUCUCCCCGAAAAGAGACGCACGAUGAUCGAAAGAGCAUCGAUCUCGAGAUGCAAAAGGUGCCAGGACACAUUCACGUCGACCGAACCUAUAGCGUGCGUUCAGACUAGGAAUCUGAUCCGCGGCACGGUCAGGGGACAGCAGCAAAGAGGGACGACGCGAGCAUCGCAUCCGCGGAGCUCAGACACGCCUCCUGACCGCUUCCACCAGGCUGUGGUACUCUGUGCGUGGCACGAUAGCUACCCAGAGAGUAAUUCUGCUUAAUGGAGCGCGCAGAGCAACUUGAAAUCACCAGCACAUGAUAUUUGAUAUUCCAAGACUCACCCCCACGCGCCCCUUGUCGUUGCCGUCAUUACAUGUAUCCUCUGGUGGGCAGCCUAGGAUGUGCCCAUCUUGACUUGCGCGCCUGUCUUGUAUACCUGAAAAUAUUUUUUUAACCAGGUCCAAUGCGAGGCAUAUCAUUAUGCUCGGACAAGGUGGACAAGUAUUUGUUGAGUUCUUGCACACGUUCUUUGUGGGUUUUGACUCCUUCGCGUUGGAGACGUUCUUCGAGCCGUUUCUUUCUUCUCUCUUCAUGUCUUCUUUGCGCUUCAGUUUUUCCAUAAGUUUUCACUUCUUCUUCUGCUGCUGGCGGAGUUGUUGUUGUUGUUGUUGUUUUCUUCUUCAGCGUGGUUAUUUCUUUGGUGGUGAUAUUCUGCUCUUCUUCUUCUGCACCUUCUCCAUCCUCUCCUUCUCGCUCGUGCUCUUGCUCUUCUCCAUCUGCGAGGGCGGAACUUUGUUGCUGUAGGGCGCUCUUCUCAUGUAAGUUUUUCGUUGGUGCUAUCGUUGUCGUUGUCGCGUCCGAGAUGGUCGAAGAAGGCUUGUCGUCGGAUGAGGAUUGUGGUUUCUUCUUCUUCUUCUUCUUUUUGUCAAUACCUCCUCCGCUCGAGCCUUUGAGUUUGAGACCGCCGCCUACUGCGGAGGUGUAGUCUGAUGAGGGCAUUUGUGGUUGGCGCAGAUUACCAUGUAGGUACAGUACAGUAGGCAGGUAGGUAGGUAACGCGUUCUACUACU